AUGCUACUGAACAGUGACACUAGCAUAUUGACAUGCAUAUUGGUAUUAAAAGACAUUAACGUGUUCACCUAAACACAUAAGUGUUCAGGUAAAUCAUUAGUUAGCUAGGUAGCAAUCACAGUAAUUGUGCAAAAAUAUGAUAACUAAUGUUUGCUAGCUAGCUAAUAUUAAGCACUAGCCAGUCAGAGGCGCUGACUAGGGUUGAAUUAAGCACUAGCCAGUCAGUGGCGCUUACUAGGGUUGAAUAUUUUCCCAGUACUUUACAAAUGUUCCGUCCCGAGAAUAAAUCACUUUUCUCCCUGGUAACCCUGUAUUUCCCUCCAAAUCCGGAAGCGUCAUUCUAAAGCAUAUAAAGCAUAUACAUGUAUGUACAGUGGGGAGAACAAGUAUUUGAUACACUGCCGAUUUUGCAGGUUUUCCUACUUACAAAGCAUGUAGAGGUCUGUAAUUUUUAUCAUAGGUACACUUCAACUGUGAGAGACGGAAUCUAAAACAAAAAUCCAGAAAAUCACAUUGUAUGAUUUUAAAGUAAUGAAUUUGCAUUUUAUUGCAUGACAUAAGUAUUUGAUACAUCAGAAAAGCAGAACUUAAUAUUUGGUACAGAAACCUUUGUUUGCAAUUACAGAGAUCAUACGUUUCCUGUAGGUCUUGACCAGGUUUGCACACACUGCAGCAGGGAUUUUGGCCCACUCCUCCAUACAGACCUUCUCCAGAUCCUUCAGGUUUCGGGGCUGUCGCUGGGCAAUACAGACUUUCAGCUCCCUCCAAAGAUUUUCUAUUGGGUUCAGGUCUGGAGACUGGCUAGGCCACUCCAGGACCUUGAGAUGCUUCUUACGGAGCCACUCCUUAGUUGCCCUGGCUGUGUGUUUCGGGUCGUUGUCAUGCUGGAAGACCAAGCCACGACCCAUCUUCAAUGCUCUUACUGAGGGAAGGAGGUUGUUGGCCAAGAUCUCGCGAUACAUGGCCCCAUCCAUCCUCCCCUCAAUACGGUGCAGUCGUCCUGUCCCCUUUGCAGAAAAGCAUCCCCAAAGAAUGAUGUUUCCACCUCCAUGCUUCACGGUUGGGAUGGUGUUCUUGGGGUUGUACUCAUCCUUCUUCUUCCUCCAAACACGGCGAGUGGAGUUUAGACCAAAAAGCUCUAUUUUUGUCUCAUCAGACCACAUGACCUUCUCCCAUUCCUCCUCUGGAUCAUCCAGAUGGUCAUUGGCAAACUUCAGACGGGCCUGGACAUGCGCUGGCUUGAGCAGGGGGACCUUGCGUGCGCUGCAGGAUUUUAAUCCAUGACGGCGUGGUGUGUUAGUAAUGGUUUUCUUUGAGACUGUGGUCCCAGCUCUCUUCAGGUCAUUGACCAGGUCCUGCCGUGUAGUUCUGGGCUGAUCCCUCACCUUCCUCAUGAUCAUUGAUGCCCCACGAGGUGAGAUCUUGCAUGGAGCCCCAGACCGAGGGUGAUUGACCGUCAUCUUGAACUUCUUCCAUUUUCUAAUAAUUGUGCCAACAGUUGUUGCCUUCUCACCAAACUGCUUGCCUAUUGUCCUGUAGCCCAUCCCAGCCUUGUGCAGGUCUACAAUUUUAUCCCUGAUGUCCUUACACAGCUCUCUGGUCUUGGCCAUUGUGGAGAGGUUCGAGUCUGUUUGAUUGAGUGUGUGGACAGGUGUCUUUUAUACAGGUAACGAGUUCAAACAGGUGCAGUUAAUACAGCGAAUGAGUGGAUAACAGGAGGGCUUCUUAAAGAAAAACUAACAGGUCUGUGAGAGCCGGAAUUCUUACUGGUUGGUAGGUGAUCAAAUACUUAUGUCAUGCAAUAAAAUGGAAAUUAUUUACUUAAAAAUCAUACAAUGUGAUUUUCUGGAUUUUUGUUUUAGAUUCCGUCUCUCACAGUUGAAGUGUACAUAUGAUAAAAAUUACAGACCUCUACAUGCUUUGUAAGUAGGAAAACCUGCAAAAUCGUCAGUGUAUCAAAUACUUGUUCUCCCCACUGUAUGUCUGGAUUUGAUCGGCAUUACAAUUCAAGCCUGAUGCUACUUGAGCCUGAUGAUCCAUACAUUAAAGACAUUUUAUGUGCCCUAGAUUAAAGACAUUUUAUGAUCCCAAUCACCAAACAGCCCAAAUGAUUGUGCCAUUAUCCAAUACAUAGCCUGUGAUAUAUAGGCUACCACACAUUACGCACGACAGAAAAACAUAAAAGCCCAUAGAUGUAGCUAUGCUCUCUUGGGUAAAUAAAUGAAACAAACUCCAGUAGCAUAAUUAUUUUGAGUGUGGACUGUAUUACUGUACUUUAUUGUAUUAUGCUGUAUUAUAUGGACUGGAAUUACAGACCUUGUUCAAACCAUGAGCUGGGAGAGAACAUGUGAUGUUGGUGCAGGACAUGCGGCCUACAAAGUUACAAUUAUAGGCCAGCAAAUUGUAUUUUAAUUUAGAAAUAUAAUAGGGCCAAUUUUACAUUUAAAUAAUUAGUAGGCUGACCUUUCAUAAUAUUUCACCUAAUGUUGUGUGCCGUGCGCAUUAGCCUACCUCAGUUACAGUGGCUUGCGAAAGUAUUCACCCCCCUUGGCAUUUUUCCUAUUUUGUUGCCUUACAAGCUGGAAUUAAAAUUGAUUUUUUGAGGCUUUGUAUCAUUUGAUUUACACAACAUGCCUACCACUUUGAAGAUGCAAAAUAAAUUUUUUUGUGAAACAAACAAGAAAUAAGACUCAUAUAUUAUAAAAAUAAAGCUAACUGGAUGGAAUAUGGGGAAAAAUGCACAGAAUUCUUUUUUAAUCUUCAACAUAGGAAUGCUACCAAAAAUAACUUAAUGAAACUGGUUACAAUUGACGGAGUCACCCAUGAUUCACCAAAUAAUAUUUUGAAGGAGGAAACAAAGUACUUUAAGAAUAUGUUUUAUUUUCAGUCGCCUCCAUCUCCUCUAACUGAAGCUAAUUGUAGAGAUAUUUUUUCUAUUGAUAAUGUCAAAUUAACAGCCAUACAGAAAGACUCAUGUGAAGGUGAAAUUACAGAGGAAGAACUUCUGGAUGCAAUUAAAGACUUUAAGUCUGGGAAAACUCCAGGGUUGGAUGGCAUACCAGUCGAGCUAUACCAAACCUUUUUUGAUAUACUAAGAGGACCGUUAUUAGCAUGUUUUAACCACUCCUAUAUAAAUGGUAGAUUAUCUGACACUCAAGAAGAAGGUCUAAUCUCAUUAUUACUGAAACAGGAUACAAGUGGAAAAUAUAAAGAUCCAGUCCAUUUACAAAAUUGGAGGCCCCUUACACUUCAGUGUUGUGAUGCAAAAAUUCUAGCAAAAUGUAUAGCGCAUAGAAUUAAAAAGGUAUUGUCGGAUAUUAUUCAUUCUAAUCAGACAGGUUUUUUACAUGGAAGAUACAUUGGAGAUAAUAUAAGGCAAGUAUUGGAAACAAUAGAACACUAUGGAAAAUAUGGGAAACCAGGCCUGCUAUUCAUAGCAGACUUCGAAAAGGCAUUUGAUAAAGUACGACUGGGGUUUAUAUAUAAAUGCCUGGAGCAUUUCAAUUUUGGAGAAUCUCUUAUAAAAUGGGUCAAAAUCAUGUAUAGUAACCCUAGGUGUAAAAUAGUAAAUAAUGGCUAUUUCUCAGAAAGUUUUAAACUGUCAAGAGGAGUAAAACUAGGUUGUCCACUAUCGGCAUAUCUAUUUAUUGUGGCCAUCGAGAUGUUAGCUAUUAAAAUCAGAUCCAAUAAUAAUAUCAGAGGAUUAGAAAUCCAGGGCUUAAAACAAAGGUGUCAUUGUACGCUGAUGAUUCAUGUUUUCUUUUAAAUCCACAACUAGAAUCCCUCCACAGCCUCAUAGAGGAUCUAGAUACAUUUUCUAACUCUCUGGAUUACAACUAAAUUAUGACAAAUGUACUAUAUUACGUAUUGGAUCACUAAAAAAUACAAUUUUUACAUUACCAUGUAGUUUACCAAUAAAAUGGUCUGAUGGUGAUGUAGAUAUACUCGGAAUACAUAUCCCAAAGGAAAUAAAUGAUCUCACUUCAAUACAUUUUAAUAUAAAGUUAGCAAAAAUAGAUAAGAUCUUACUACCAUGGAAAGGAAAAUACCUGUCAAUUUGUGGAAAAAUCACCCUGAUUAACUCUUUAGUAUUAUCCCAGACUACCUAUUUGCUUAUGGUCUUGCCUACGCCUAGCGAACAGUUUUUGAAAUUAUAUGAGAAAAAAAUAUUCAAUUUUAUUUGGAACGGCAAGCCAGACAAAAUUAAAAGGGCAUAUUUAUAUAAUGAAUAUGAAUUCGGAGGACAGAAAUUAUUAAAUAUUAAAGCAUUAGACCUAUCACUAAAAGCUUCAGUCAUACAAAAGUUAUACUUAAAUCCAAACUGGUUCUCAAACAAAUUAGUAAAAUUGUCUCACCCAAUGUUCAAGAAAGGCCUUUUUCCCUUUAUUCAGAUUACAACAACUCAUUUGGGUUGUUGAAAUCAUCUCCCAAAUAUCACUAUUUCUAAAACAAGCCAUAGAAACUUGGUUGCAAUUUCAAUUUAAUCCUCCAGAAACGACAGAACAAAUAAUGCAACAAAUAUGGUGGUUAAAUUCAAAUAUACUAAUUGACAAAAAACCUUUAUUUUUUGACAGAAUGUUUAAAAAAGGUAUAAUCUUCGUAAAUGAUAUCAUCGGUAGGACUGGUGGAGUUAUGUCGCACAUGCAGCUAACAAAAACAUAUGGAAAUGUCUGCUCUACCCAAAAUUACAACCAAAUAAUUGCAGCCUUACCGCAAAAGUGGAAGAGGAAAGUGGAAGGGGGAGAAAGUAAGGAACUUGUCUGUCGGCCUUGCAUUAAAGAACAUAAUUGGUUAAGGAAAACUGUGAUAAAUAAAAAAGUAUAUCAGUUUCACUUAAGGACCAAAGGAUUGACAGCCGUCCCAUAUAGAUUGCAAAAUAGUUGGGAAGAGAUUUUUGACGUACCGAUCCCAUGGCAUAGUGUUUAUGAACUCACACCCAAAACGACACCGGAUUCAAACAUUUUAAUCUUUCAAUUUAAAUUAUUAUAUAAAAUUCUUGCUACCAAUAGAAUGUUAUUUAUAUGGGGGAUACAAUCUUCCCAGCUCUGCAGAUUUUGCUGUGAAGAGACAGAAUCAUUAGAUCAUUUGUUUUGGUUCUGUCCAUUUGUAGCUUGUUUUUGGACACAGGUCCAGGAAUGGCUAAAGGAUUGCAAUACUUACCUGGAGCUAACCUUGCAGAUAGCAUUACUGGGUGAUCUGAAAAGUCACAGUCAAUCGAUCAAUAAUAUUAUAAUACUUUUAGCAAAAAUGUUUAUUUUUAAUUCACAAUCUGUAGAAGCAAUGAGAAUAGAAAUGUUCAGAACUUUUGUAAAACAUCACAGUACGGUUGAAAUAUAUAUGGCAAAUAGAAAUCCUAUAUGGAUGGUGUUAAGAGGUAGAUGGGAGGUAUUGAAUGGAGUUGAAGGAUGGGACUAAUAACAAAUAACAACAAAUAAUAACAAAGAUAGCUAAUAAUGUAAGCAUACUGUGUCCAUAAUAAGUAUAUAGUUGUAUGUUGGGAGCUUUUGGGAAAGAGCACAGUUAGAAAGAUAUGGCAUAUAGAAGCAAACCGGAUGGACAUCAUGAAAAUGAUCGGAGAGGUUGAGAGUAGAAGAAGUUCAGGAGCAAAAACAAAACAAAAAAAUAUAUAUAAUAGAAUUCUUGUAAAAUUGACUGUGUCCAUAAGAUGUAGAUAGUAAGUAUAGGCCGGAAGUAGAGGCCUGGGCAUUGUUGUUCACUAAUGUACUCCAAGUAGGGAAAGGAUGGCGGGGUUGAAAAGUAAUAAAGGGGAGUAUAUAUAUAAAAAACAUGGGGGAUUGGAAGUGAUGCAGACAAUUACAUUGAUAGAAGUUACAAUCUAUCUGCAAUAUUAAGCUGAUCCACCCCCCCCCCCCCCCCCCAUAAAAAAAAAAAAAAAAUCAUAAUAAUAAUAAUAAAAAAUUAAAUAAUUAUAAUAAUAAUAAUAAUAAAAAAUAAAUAAGACUAAAAAAUAAGAAAACUGGAGCGUGCAUUACUAUUCACCCCCCCCCCCCCCCCCAAAGUCAAUACUUUGUAGAGCCACCCUUUGCAGUAAUUACAGUUGCAAGUCUCUUGGGGUAUGUCUCUAUAAGCUUGGCACAUCUAGCCACUGGGAUUUUUGCCCAUUCUUCAAGGCAAAACUCCUCCAGCUCCUUCAAGUUGGAUGGGUUCCGCUGGUGUACAGCAAUCUUUAAGUCAUACCACAGAUUCUCAAUUGGAUUGAUGUCUGGGCUUUGACUAGGCCAUUCCAAGACAUUUCAAUGUUUCCCCUUAAACCACUCGAGUGUUGCUUUAGCAGUAUGCUUAGGGUCAUUGUCCUGCUGGAAGGUGAACCGCUGUCCCAGUCUCAAAUCUCUGGAAGACUGAAACAGGUUUCCCUCAAGAAUUUCCCUGUAUUUAGCGUCAUCCAUCAUUCCUUCAAUUCUGACCAGUUUCCCAGUCCCUGCCGAUGAAAAACAUCCCCACAGCAUGAUGCUGCCACCACCAUGCUUCACUGUGGGGAUGGUGUUCUCGGGGUGAUGAGAGGUGUUGGGUUUGGGCCAGACAUAGCGUUUUCCUUGAUGGCCAAAAAGCUCAAUUUUAGUCUAAUCUGACCAGAGUACAUUCUUCCAUAUGUUUCGGGAGUCUCCCACAUGCCUUUUGGCGAACACCAAACAUGUUUGCUUAUUUUUUUUCUUUAAGCAAUGGCUUUUUUCUGGCCACUCUUCCGUAAAACCCAGCUCUCUGGAGUGUACGGCUUAAAGUGGUCCUAUGGACAGAUACUCCAAUCUCCGCUGUGGAGCUUUGCAGCUCCUUCAGGGUAAUCUUUGGUCUCUUUGUUGCCUCUCUGAUAAAUGCCCUCCUUGCCUGGUCCGUGAGUUUUGGUGGGCGGUCCUCUCUUGGCAGGUUUGUUGUGGUGCCAUAUUCUUUCCAAUUUAUAAUAAUGGAUUUAAUGGUGCUCCGUGGGAUGUUCAAAGUUUCUGAUAUUUUUUUAUAACCCAACCCUGAUCUGUACUUCUCCACAACUUUGUCCCUGACCUGUUUGGAGAGCUCCUUGGUCUUCAUAGUGCCGCUUGCUUGGUGUUGCCCCUUGCUUUGUGGUGUUAUUUAACUAUUUAUGUCACUUCUGAAGGUAAUUGGUUUCACCAGAUCUUAUUUAGGGGCUUCAUUGCAAAGGGGGUCCUCUGUAGCUCAGCUGGUAGAGCACGGCGCUUGUAACGCCAGGGUAGUUGGUUCGAUCCCGGGACCACCCAUACACAAUAAUGUAUGCACGCAUGACUGUAAGUCGCUUUGGAUAAAAGCGUCUGCUAAGUGGCAUAUUACUACUAUUACUACAUAUGCACGCACCAAUUUUUCAGUUAUUUUUUAUUUUUUGAAACAAGUUGUUUUUUUCAUUUCACUUCACCAAUUUGGACUAUUUUGUGUAUGUACAUUACAUGAAAUCCAAAUAAAAAUCCAUUUAAAUUACAGGUUGUAAUGCAACAAAAUAGGAAAAACGCCAAGUGGGAUGAAUACUUUUGCAAGGCACUGUAAAUGAAUACAUUUCGUUGUCCUUGACCUUACCUUCAUCAUUGUAAUGACAUUGAAUAAUAAAGGCCUAGAAUAAGAUGCAGAUGUCUAUUACUUCUCUUCACGAAGAUUGACUGGUUAUGGGUCUGAAUAAAUAAUUGCUAUAGCCAAUUGCCAUCGCGCGUUCUCUCUUCUUUCAAAUUCCUUGUGUGUUUUAUUGGCUGCUGUGUUUAACCUUCAGCAAACAAGAGCUUGCAUCCCUCUACGAAUAGUCUGUUAUAUAGUUUGCUGCAAACUUACCCCCCCCCCCCCCCCCCCCCCCUCCCUGUCUAUCUCACUCUCUCCCCUCCCCCUCUCUUUCCAGGUAACUACUAUGGAACCCCAAAGCCCCCAGCGGAGCCCACCCUGGUGCAGCCUGACCUGGUGGAUCAGGUGCUGUUUGAUGAGGACUAUGACAACGAGGUCCAGCGUAAACGCACCACGUCCGUCAGCAAGAUGGACAGGAAGGACAGUGUGGUCCCUGAGGAAGAAGACGAUGAUGAGAGGCCACCUCUGGCCAACGGCCUCCCAGGUCAGUACAUCUCACACUCAAAACCACUCUCCUGCCCUUUCUCUCUUUCCUCAGGAUAGUCCUCUGUUGUACCUCACAUAUAUCUCCCAAUAUCUGUCUCUCAUGUUCUACUUUUAGCUUUACAUUAUUGAUGACUAUGGUCCAGGGGUGGGAACCAAAAUUAUUUUCCAAUAAUUAUUUUCUUCGUUCCGUUCCAGUGUUCCGACCAGAACCGGUUCGAACUACAACAAAAGAACGGUUCAUAUAGCCUAGUUCCUUUUCGUAAAUGUUUUAACCUGUGAAAUAGUUUUUACAUUUACAGUAGCUCAUUAAUUUACUCCACCAAUUAGCGGGAUAGAGAAGCUUGCUACGGAACGGGUAAGCUAGUUGUUUACAUGUUUGAUUGGCCAUACAAGUGCAGGUGCGAGAUGCGACUGAAAUUUUACAGGUGGGGAGAGAGUGAGAAAGAGGGAUGGACAUGUAGGGGGCUUGGCAUGAAGCCCUGAACAUCAUGACCUGACAUGAAUUGGAAUGUGUUUAGGCUAUUAUUAGCAUCAGAACUUCACUGAAUUGCAGAAUUAUAUACUAGAUAUUAGGAAUAUUUUGGGAACAAAAAAUAACAUUAUUAACCGAUUCUCAAGAUUUGAAAAUAAUGAUUCUGUUCCGGAACACUACAGAUCUGUUUCCGUUCUGCGAACAUUUUUGUUCUUUUCCAGUUUUUGGUUAUUUUGCCUGAACCUGUUCCAACCCCUGCUAUGGAUGAUAUAAUAUUUAUUCUCUAUAACAUAUUUCUGCUCUAUACAUAUUGACCUAUGGAGCUCUGAUCACCUUCCCCAUUACUCCCAGUCUGUGCUAUCUGUCAUGCUCUGUCUGUAUAGCCAGCCACUUCCCGCAGGCUCCAUCUCAAGUUUAUGCCUCAAGCACAUUCAGUAUCAGUAACACUUUCUACUGGAGUGCAGGGUACCUUGAAGACAGCAGACUUCUUACCCAGAGACCAGAGACUCCAUGUGUGUUAUCAAGCAGGACUCCUUUCUCUCAAAGGAGCAGUCAUUGAUGUGCCCAAGGAUAGCCUGACUCUAAAAGAAAUGGGUUACAGUAUGCCUUCUGCUAUUUUAUUAUCAGGCAUGCACGAUGGACAAGCACAAGUCUUUCUAUGUAAAAUAAAUCACAUUUCUGCUGUACUGCAACCAUAGAUGGAAACAGUUAUAAACGGGUCAGAAGGUUUAUGGAAAAAUUAAGCAUAAUGUCCAAACUGAACUUCCCUGACCCCUACCUGACUUCCUGCAUGUGUCUAGUGCAGGGCUGUCCAACCCUGUUCCUGGAGAGCUACCGUCCUGUAGGUUUUCGCUCCAACCCUAAUCUAGCGCACCUGAUUCUAAUAAUUAGCUGGUUGAGAAGCUGAUUCAGGUGAGUUACAACUGGGGUUGGAUUGAAAACCUACAGGAGGGUAGCUUUCCAGGAACAGGAUUGGAGAGCCGUGGUCUAGUGCAGUCAGUAUGGUGUGGGCUGUCAGGCUCUCAGCCCUCUGUGAUCUCUCUGAUGAUCUCCGGUCUCGUGUGUGUGUGUGUGUGUGUGUGUGUGUGUGUGUGUGUGUGUGUGUGUGUGUGCAUGCGUAUGAAUGAAGUCAGAUUAGUAUUGGGAGUCAGACCCAUUUGGAGAUGUUUGCCAGUUUCUCCCCAUCCUUCAAGUAAAUAUGUGAUCUGUUGAAAAUAUCAGCAAGUCUUAUGGAUGCAGUAGUGUAAUAUUUACUGAAAUACAGAAGCACAUGCACAAAUUUGACACGCUCAUGGGCUACAUCAGUUCUGUGAAUACACUAAAAUAAGCUGUGUGGCCUUGAGCCUCAUUGUAUUAUAUACUUGUGCAGAGGUUAGCAUUACACAAACAGUCCCUCGAUUAGAAGACCCUUGUGUAUGUUUCAAUCGGCAGCUUUUUGUAGCCCGAAGUUUCCAAGGACCAGUGGGGUGCAAAAUGAAUUUGGAGGGACUUUGUUGUGUCCAUGCUCAAGUUGAUUGGUGUGCUUUUAUUGCAGUUCUCAUUAAAUGAAUACAUUUUUUUUUUAAACAGAAAUAACCAUAAAGAGCAGUGGGAGAGUAUUAUUGUGCCAAAAUAGCCUCAAGCUCGAAUGGCCUUUUUACUAUGAAUCCUCCCCAGCUACUUGUAUCAUUGAAACCCAGGGGGAGGGUACCACAUAUGCAUAAAUACGCUCACACGUACAUGCACACGCAAAUGCAAAACAGAGCCUUGGUGAACAGAACACACCAUCUCUUGCAUGCAAAUCCUGUAGCGACAUCAAACCCUCCCUCCUCCCACUGCAUGCUGGGAGAACAGGAGAAGGCUGGAGGUGUCCAAGCAGGCUAACCUGCUCUCUCCUCUCUCUCUCUCUCUCUCUCUCUCUCUCUCUCUCUCCUCUCUCUCUCUCUCUCUCUCUCUCUCUCUCUCUCUCUCUCUCUCUCUCUCUCUCUCUCUCUCUCUCUCUCUCUCUCUCUCUCUCUCUCUCUCCUGGGCUACAGAGCACAAAGAAGGGGCAUCGUGGAGGAAGGCGGUGCCCAGCUACACCCAGUCCAGCAGUGCCAUGGACUUCCGUAUGUGGAGCUCUCUGCCCGGCGAUGACAGCCUUGAACCCCUGCCUCUCAACUGGGAGAUGGCCUACACCGAGACGGGCAUGGUCUACUUCAUAGAGUGAGUACUGCACCAGCACCUGUAUAUCUACUCAGGGACAGGACAAAGAGACAGCCUUUUAGUCUACUGAGUCCUGGUUGGUUACACACUGCUACUACACUGUACAUGCAUAGAUACUGUAACUCCUGAGUUCAAAGCUCAUUCCCUAAAAAUGUUUUGGAGUUUCACGCUUAAUAUGUUUUAAAUGCAGAACAUAUGACAUACAUUUCUGCUCUAGACUGAAUGUGGAAUGUUACGUACGGUAUAGGUUAUGCAUGGAUGACUAUAUCUGAUCAGUAUCAUGCAAAGUAUCAUGACAUUGUUGAUUAGAUUAGUGAAGCACAUAGCACGUGUUACAUAAGCCAUGCUGAACAGACAGAGGAUUUAGGUUAGUUAGGUAAACAAGCCAAGGCCUGUACUAGUGUGGGUCUCUUUAAGAUCCACUUAUAUUGACUGACAGCCCUAGCCUACAUGAUUGUUCCAAAAGUGGUUCUGGUCUAAGCUAAUUAAUUUGGUGGUUUCUCUUCAAGACAACUUCCUGACAAAUCAAUACUGUGUUUUAGUAAAUAUAGCUCUCCCAGAGGCCCCUGAGUUCUUUAUAAAUAGAUUUGGCUUCCAGCUAGAGCUCUGCUACCCGACCCGAGCCCGACGGGUUAGGGACAAUUUUUCAUCAAUAACUAGGGUACGGGCAGGGCUCGGGUAUCACUAAAUUGAUCACUUACAUUUGAAGCAGAGCCAUUUGCUCGUGCUCUGCUGAGCAGUACAGUCAUAUCUGAUUAAGAUCAUAACAUGGUGUCAGAAGUGCUUCAACCUCAUCAAAUAUAAGACAGGAGAGAUUAUUUCACAGAAAAUAAUAAUGUUCUUUGAGUUUUGUCGGAGUUUAGAGUGACGAAAAGUAGCUAACAGCUCUCUCAUGUCUCUUCAUUGAGCAGAGCAGCCCGUUGCUAUGGAUACUCACAGACUCAGAGCGCCAUGAGCAGAGCGCAUGCAGAGCGAACUGCGUGCAGGAAGCGAGUGACAGACGAGAGAGGAGCAGCUAAUGGGUUUACUAAAGGAGGAAGUUAUUUCUGAUUUCAGGUUUCGGGCAGGGCCGGGCCUUGAAUUUGGCAGAAGCAAUCAGGCCUGGGUAGGGUAGGGCCUGAACGUCGCUGGCAUUGUUAGGGCUCCGGCUUAAAAUUCAUGCCUGUGCAAUGCUCUACUUCUAGCUGCUCUUGUCUGAAGUCGCCACAAUAACAUAAUGAAUACAUAGCAGGAUGAAUAAAUGUGUCAAUCAGUUAUUUAUAACUUGUGUAAAUUUCAAAGAAAGUAUAUCAUAGAACAUAGAGUAGGUGGGUACAUGACUGUCUACCUUUCCUCUGAUGCAAAUACCAGUGUCAGUAACUGGCUCAGGUUUUUGAAUGUUUCUCUUAUCUGCCUUUCACAGUCACAAUAGCAAGACCACCACCUGGCUGGACCCCCGCCUGGCCAAGAAGGCUAAGCCCCCAGAGAAGUGUGAGGAUGGAGGUAAGGCUUCAGGACCUUUGAGCCUCUACAAUUGUCAUGUGUGUAGAUAUUUUGGUAACAUGAUACCUUGCCGGUCCAGACUCCCAAAUAGCAACAUUUGUGGUGAAAGCUAAAGAAGAGUCUCUCUUGUUGUCUUGUUGUCUUCCGUUGCUAGCAAGUUGGCUAAACCAGGCCCCCAGUGUCCGGUCUGGAGUGUGAAGUCCGGCUACUGCGUAGCAACCUAGCGGUGCCAAAAGACCUGGUCUGCCCUAGAAAGCCUAUGUAAAUUACGAUCGCCAGAACGGCCCCAACGGCUGUUUUGGGUUCUAAAAUGUGUUUAUUAUGAUCAAGUUCAAUCCCCACAGUGAAUUAUUUUAAAGUUCGCUACAAAUCAUGAUAUUUAAUUAAAAUGUGUUCUGACUACUACAUUUGUCAUCACAUAGGACAACGUGCUGAUAUUCUUAUACUUGCCAGUGUAACUUACCACAUUAUACCAAUUUGAUAUGCUGCUUCAAUGUAUUCGCUCCCAUAUCAGCUAAAAUGGAAUGUCAUCAUUUUUUGUCAAAGAUUUUAAAAAGCACAUGGCUAUGUUUUUUUUUAAUGUUUCAAAAUAGCCUAGAAUAACGUUAUCACUUCUAAACAAAAUAACUUUUGGGGGGAUUCUAAUAAGGCUACACUGUUGUUUGGUUUAUUGUUUAGAUAAAAUAUAAUUAGCCUUUCAGCUUCCCACUUCUCCAUGUGAAAUAAUCAGAUUUAUAAUUAAAUAAUAUGCCCUGACAAAUAUUCUUAUACUUGCCGGUGUAACCUACAACAUUAUCCCAGUUUGAUAUGCUGCUUGAAUAUAUUCACUCCCAUAUCCGCUAAAAAUAGAACGUCAUCAUGUUUUGGUUGCGGAGUACAUUUUUACAUUUUAUAUUUUAGUCAUUUAGCAGAUGCUCUUAUCCAAAGCGACUUACAGUUAGUGCAUACAUUUUCAUACUGGCCCCCCGUGGGAAACGAACCCACAACCCUGGCGUUGCAAGCGCCAUGCUCUACCAACUGAGCUCACAGCUGUUUUUACCAAUAGCCUGGAUUCACUAGUCAUUUCUUCUAAACAAUAUACCUUUUGGGGGGAUUCUAAUAAGGCUACAAUGUUGUUUGGUUUAUUGUUUGAACAGUCUCUGAGAUUAUAUUUGCUUAUCAAUGCAAAAUAGGCUUCUUUGAUGUAUAGCCUAUAGCCAAUAGAUCAGAUCAAGGAACCAAGCGCGCUUCAUUGCCAAGCGAGCUUCAUAGGAGUAAUACGGCGCGUUAUGCCCCGUUCACAUCGUGACGUAUUUCAUUACGCCGUGCGUCAUCCUCAUGGAGUCUUGCCCCGCUACUGAAUUGUCACGCCCUGACUCUGGGGACUCUUAUUUGUUGAGUCAGGGUGUGAUUUUCUAUGUUGUGUAGUUCUAUGUUUUCUAUCUAGUAUGUCUAGAUCUAUGUUUGGCCGGGUGUGUUUCCCAAUCAGAGGCAGCUGUCGCUCGUUGUCUCUGAUUGGGGAGCAUACUUAGGCAGCCUAUUGGCAAUUAGGUGUUGUGGGAUCUUGUUCCGUGUGAGGUUUGUUGUGUGUACCUUAGGACGUCACGUAUCGUUGGUUUAUUGUUUUGUUGUUGUGUUUAUUCGUUAAAUAAACAUGUAUGCAUAUCACGCUGCGCCUUGGUCUGACCCGUCUAUGAACGAGCGUGACAUGAAUGGACCAGUGCAAUGUUUGUAACGCAAGAUGGAUGAGAGCCUGUCUCUCGUCAGAGAUCGCAUACACUAUCAUUCAAGGGUUUUUCUUUAUUUGUACUAUUUUCUAUAUUGUAGAAUAAUAGUGAACACAUCAAAACUAUGAAAUAACACAUAUGGAAUCAUGUAGUAACCAGAAAAGUGUUAAACAAAUCAAAAUAGAUUUUAGAUUUUAGAUUCUUCAAAGUAGCCACCCUUUGCCUUGAUGACAGCUUUGCACACUCUUAGUGUUCCCACAUAUGCUGAGCACUUGUUUGCUGCUUUUCCUUCACUCUGCGGUCCAACUCAUCCCAAACCAUCUCAAUUGGGUUGAGGUAGGGUGAUUGUGGAGGCCAGGUCAUCUGAAGCAGCACUCAAUCACUCUCCUUCUUGGUCAAACAGCCCUUACACAGCCUGGAGGUGUGUUUUGGGUCUAUUUCCUGUUGAAAAACAAAUGAUAGUCCCACUAAGCGCAAACCAGAUGGGAUGGCGUAUCGCUGCAGAAUGCUGUUGUAGCCAUGCUGGUUAGGUGUGCCUUGAAUUCUAAAUAAAUCACUGACAGUGUCACCAGCAAAGCACCCCCACACCAUUACACCUCCUCCUCCAUGCUUCACGGUGAGAACCACACAUGCGGGGAUCAUCCGUUUAUCUACUCUACGUCUCACAAAGACAUGGAGGAGGACGACAGAUUUGAAUACUUUCUGAAGGCACUGUAUAUGUUGAGUUUUUUAUUCAACAUGGAAUGAAAGCUUGGCUGAUUAACUUGAAUGACAUGGGUGCCAGGAGUACCCGGAGUGCCCACUCGUUUGCCCGUCCAUUCCCAGGGUGUGUGGCUGUGACGUGGGCUAAGUGCAGCGGGAGAGUGUGGGGAUGGGGGAGACACAGGGCCCUGGUCGGCUGUUUCUAAUGGAUUUUUAAAGGCAGGCAGAAUGCUAGUUGGUGUGCUACCUCUGAAAAACUGUUCCAAGCUCUCUCUUGCGUGACGAGCCAGGCUGCCUGUCUGCGAAAACUGCAAAAUGUUCACCAAAUCAUUGUGUCUGGUGUCUGCUGGGCUCUUCUCGUCACUAUGCCCUGUUAUCCUGCAGUGCUGUACAUUUGCAUGUUUUGUGUGAUAGUACUUGGACACAAUGCGUCUCUUCCUGUAUCCACAGAGCUUCCGUAUGGCUGGGAGGAGAUAGAGGACCCACAGUAUGGAACAUAUUAUGUAGAGUAAGUUUGUUCAGUCUGCCUCUGAGAGAUACUACACCACAAACCCAUAUUCCCCAGCAAUACCAUAGAUCAAAAACGAACCAUAGGUACACUACACAUUAUACACUAAGUGUACAAAACAUUUAUAAUAACUGCUCUUUCCAUGACAUAGACUGACCAGGUGAAUCCAGGUGAAAGCUAUGAUCCCUUAUUGAUGUCACUUGUUAAAUCCACUUCAAUCAGUGUAGAUGAAGGGGAGGAGACAGGUUAAAGAAUGAUUUUUAAGCCUUGAGACAACUGAGACAUGGAUUGUGUAUGUGUGCCAUUCAGAAGGUGAAUGGGCAAGACAAAAUAUUUAAGUGCCUUUGAAUGGGGUAUGGUAGUAGGUGCCAGGCGCACUGGUUUGUGUCAAGAAACUGCAACGCUGCUUGGUCUUUCACGCUCAACAGUUUCCUGUAUGUAUCAAGAAUGGUCCACCACCCAAAGGACAUCCAGCCAAUUUGACACAACUGUGAGAAGCAUUGGAGUCAACAUGGGCCAGCAUCCCUGUGGAGCGCUUUCGACACCUCGCAGAGUCCAUGCCCGACGAAUUGAGGCUGUUAAUAAAUAUUAGGAAGGUGUUCCAAAUGUUUUGUCCACUCAGUGUAUAUAGAUAGCAGGGAUACAAUGUGUUACGAGACAUGUGGUGUACUGCUAGGAAACCACCAUCACUUUGAGAACAAUACUAUAUAAUGAUCAAGGCUUGUAUUGGUUUUUCAGUGGGUGCUAAACUGAAGCUCUGUUGGUAACAUGACAUUCACCCGGGUGAAAACACAGCAUUACUUGUGUGAGUGAGUGUGUGUGGGUCUGUUUACAGAAGAUGUGUGAGUACUGGCUGCCCCAGCAGGACGUCGUUGAAACUCAGCCAUUACAGCAGCAGUAGGGAGAAGAGGAAGGUUGUGAGAGUUAUCAAGGAGGGAAGUAGAGGCGGAGGGGGUGCUAGGAAGGUAGAGUAGUCUGUUUUGAUGAAAAGGAAAGGAAACACUUUCUUUCUUUUAUUACUGGUAUUGUAGAAGUGUCCCUCCUUGGUAGAGGCCAUGGGGGAGAGAGAGGAACUCACACUGUUUGUUUUUACAAGGAGAGUCAAAGACAAGUGGAUGGGGACUUAUUGCCGCCAAUGUUCCAGUUCAAAAUUAAAUCUGUGUAAAACAAUUUGGCUUUGUUAUGUCAGAGGGACAGUUUUUACCUCACAAAAGAGAAGCAAAGGCAGUCAGGAGUUCAUCUCUAGUUUUAUUAAACUGCCAAACCAUUAGGCAUACACAUGGAGAGGACACCAGCCCACUUGUCUGUGUAUAGACUUGUAAUCAACAGCUCACAGAAGAAACACUAUCUAAAAAUCCCUAUUGUUAAUGGAUUGAGAAUUAACAUAUAGUCCCUUCUAUAAGACAUGCUUUAACCAUUCAUAAUAAUUAAUUCAGAAUUAAUCACACACAGGUGGUUCACAUAAUUACAUAAAGAUGGUUCAGGGUAACUUGUAUGUGUCUGUGUCAGUAAAUUGGUGUCUAAAAUGUAAAUCAUAUAAUGGAUUGUUUCUGUUUCAGUCACAUCAACCAGAGAACCCAGUUUGAGAACCCAGUCCUGGAGGCUAAGAGGAAGCUGAGCCAGGAGACUACUGCUUCUAUCCAGCAGGGGGCACCACCUCCCCCAGGUAGACACUACUCACCUCACCUAACUUUUUCUUUACCUCACUCUUUCUUCAGCUCUGGAUAGCUUUCUGAAGGCUGUUAUACAGACUGAGACUGAAAACAAACUCAACAAUGACAUGAUUGUGUGUUGACCUCCUACACCUCAUUAUGUGUUGUGUUGAAUAGGUUUGAAGUGGUGGAAAAUGUAGAAGCCAUCUCCUUGCUCAAGGUUGUAGGAGAGAUGUCGUGUCAAGUGUCAUCAUGCAUGAAUAGCCGUUUGAAACUAGUAAUGUAUGAUCAACUCUGCGCCCAAGAGAAGACAAGUUCUCUCCCAUUCACACCAGGGUUGGGGUGGAAGACAAGCCACUCUUCUGCCAUAAUAAACAAUAUGAAUUAAAUAUGCUUUCAUUACAGUGGAUGUAUAAUACAUUAGAGUGCGGGGAGUACAGAUUGACAGUCAUGUUCUGCUGCUGAGGCUUACUCAUAUGGGUUGGUUGAGAGGAGGGAGGGAAGGGGAGCAGCUCUUAGAAAUUGUGACAGCUGUUGAAACAGCACAUCUUAAGGGCCAAGCAUAACAAGACAUCUCUCAACUAGCUAACUUGCUAGCCAGGUGGGGAGGGACUGAGAUAGGCAUCUCCCCUGUGAUUGCACCAGACUGUUGUCAGACGGUUGCUAUGAUGUAACCAAAACAACAGCAGUUGCACCUCAGGCUAGAGUUCUCCGUUACAGUUCUCCAAGCCCACAGAUUUCCAGAGCAUCUAAUGCAACAUAGAGGCUCAUCUGCAGUGUCUACCAGCCAAGGGAGCUGAGUGGAGACCAUUUCAUCAUACCUCAGCUUGGAGGGCGCAACUUUGGUUUUAGAAGUGGGGGGGGGGGGCAUAAUUAUAUAUAAAGAAAAAUAUCCAGUCGGAUAAACACUCCAAACAACCUACCUGACCGCUCGGAGGCGUCCGCAUGGUCCUAAAGCACACUGUUGCCUUGUUUUGUAUCACAUUCCAAUGAUAAAACUGGGGGGGACAAAAAUGCAAUUUCAGAAUGUGGGGGGGACAUGUCCCCCCUGUCCCCAGUGAAAGUUGCACCCCUGGAUUGACCUUUACUUCCUCUACCAACACUCAUCUUCAACAACAUGAUCUUGACCUACAGAUCCCCACAGUGCAAUACUACACCCUCUGGACCUUACUGACCAUGGUCUAUGUAUCAGACCAGACCCUGGCUGUUGAGGUGAGAUGGUUGAGAUGCCUAUGAGAUGCUCUUUUAGAAGAGUUUUGACAAGGCUCCCCACUCCAACCUGCCCAGAGACCCAUACUACUUAGAGCAAUGGUAAUCCCUCAGCAUUUCAACUAGACUGACAAGCCUUAUACGGCUAUUACUCAGUCUCCAUCCUUUUUACCACUACCAGCAGCUUUAUUUUAAUCAACUGAACAAGACUGUCUGUGCUCAUUGUGACUGAUGUCUGUGGUGAAAUGUACCAAACAUUCUACACAUCAUGGCUGUUGAGGAUGAUUUGGCCUAUUCUGUUCUGGCCUUCAAAUGCUGUCAACAUGUUAUCACAGAGAGCUCUCUUGAGUCUAAUACACACAUGCAUGCACACACGCACGCGUGUGUGUACACACACACACGUUAGACAUAUGCAAAAUUACAGUUUUUAUCACUGUCACAGUUUUAAAAACGAGAUCGUCAUGUUGAGUUCAUCAACCAAUUUUACUGUGAUUAUGUAAAUGAGAUUCUCUUGAUCCAUUGAACACGACAGCUGGAGUCCAUCCACACUGUAUUUAAUUCCCCUCAGCUCUGAGCUGCUCUUUGGGCCAUACAGUACCAUACAUUCAGCACAGGGCUGCUUUGCUACAUCAUAUAGGACUGGAAUGUAUCUCAAUUCCACCUUAGCCUGGACAGAGGCAGUUAAGCAGAGAGAAAAGAUUGUAUGCUUCUGAUAUAAAGUGCUGAUAGGACAGUAAAGCCAGCGAGUAAAACGCUCAGCUGGCCCAUUUAAUGCAGUAUACCCCUGACAGCCUGUUAUUUACUGGACUGUGUGUCCACUGUCAUACAAGGGGAUAUUUAUGCUGCCAAUGACCUUAUGUUGUUCCAAACUUAUUUUCUUGACUCACUGGCUCUUUAGGGAGAAGAUGAGAAAGGACCUCAUGCCUAAAUGAACAAUUUCAGAGGUGUUAUGUCACUGUUUGAAUCCACAGCAUGUUAAUGAAUCAGUGAAAGCUCAGACUAAUAAUGUAGCUACUAAAGCUAUAAUUUAAUAUUUUGUCUGUUACUGUUUUAGUUAUCAUACAGGGCAGUGUUUUAGUCAAAGCAAAUGUGACUAGUGUGACUACAUUGGUAUUAAGGUUGUUACUUUGUUAAUAUGUUGAAAAAUGUCACACCUUAUUUAGCUAUGCAACUUCUUCUAACUCUCCCACUGUGACACACUUACGUUGCAGGUGAGGGAGGUGCGUCAGGCUUCACCCCAAACCCGUCCCAGCUGCAGGGGGAGAUGUUCCACACUGCUCUGAGGAAAAGCUCCCAGGGCUUUGGCUUUACCAUCAUAGGGGGCGACCGCCAUGACGAGUUCCUGCAGGUGAAGAAUGUCCUCAGCGACGGCCCUGCUGCCCAUGACAACAAGAUCACCUCCGGUGAGAAGUACACUGCUGCACUGCACUGCACUGUGGGGAGCCACACACUUUUACCAGCUCAGAAGGCAGCUAGUGAACAUAAUAAAAGCCUGGUUGGUCCAUAUAGAGGGGCUGCACUUACCCUAACACUUCCCCAAGAGAUACAGUGAGAGGGAGAGCAGGAAUUCUGUCAGUUUCAUGUUCAAGGGGAUCAUUUUAGGCAGAGAGCAUAGCCGUGGGAAGUAUUGGUGCUGAGGGUGCUGUAGCACCCCCUGAAUUGUUUUUAUAUUUUGUAUUAUUAAUACAUAAAACAAAUAUCCCAAACGUAGUGCACUGGGCCUUUACUAAGUAGUGGACUGGGCAAAUUUCCCCUAUUCCACCCAAACGACUUUCCGCGGCUAUGUCAGAGAGACAGGUUAUGGUGUAUUCUGGGUGUAGCCCAGUAUCUUUGUUGCAUACUCUGAUCUUCCUUUAGCUUUGAGGCUGUCUGGGGCUCUGCAUCCUCAGCAGCUUUUCUUGUGUGAGCUGAGAGGGGCUGGCGGUUGCUGUUCUCUGAGCCAGCUGUCAGGGUGAGAUGUAAAAGGACACAGCUCUCUCCUACAUGCAGUAAUGUUCUGCCUGGCUAGAAGCACUGCAAGUUGAUGUCUGUUUGAACAAUGGAGAGAGGGAGCAGAGGAGGGAGGGAAUAGGCAGGAAGAAAGAAGGUAAGGAGGACAGAAGAUGAAAGGGAUAGGGAGAAAGGUUGGUCUCAAUUCAUAAUUUUGGAAUUGACUCCCAUUCAACUCAUGAGUUGAAAUUCGAAUUGGCCACACCCCACAGGAUGUAGAAUUUGAAUUUGAGUUUGAGUGGCAGGAAGUAGAAUUUACUUCAGUGCAAUUCAAAGAAAUUCCACUCAGUCAUAGAAUAUGAGAAUUUCCUUGAAUCUGACAGGUCACACUUCCAGAUACCAAAGAAUAUAUCACUUUUCUCUGGAAACAAUGUUAAUAUACUAUCUUAACCUUAGUGCUUAGAACAUACAUUUUUAUUUCCGCCAAUCAUUUCUUCUUCUUUUUUGAUAUCAUGGCAUUCGCACACUUUGUUUGUGCAUGCCGCCACCUACUGUGCGGUAGUGUGUGGUCAAUCACGUUAAAUUUGUGAUACCAAAAUAUAUACCACUAAAUAAUAAUAAUAAAAAACCCCUUCCAACUAACCCUACACUCAUUAAAAACCCACUACCCCAUUCCACUACUUUGACCCUAUCUGCUCCUGCACCAUGCCAACGACCUAAGAGGACGGGACACCACCACUCAACACACCCUGUAACUCUUCUGAAGUCAAAUCUCAUAUACCCAAAUACUACUCUGCAGCUGCCACCACAACUGUGAUUUACGUUCCAUUUCUACAGUACAGUUGAUAACCAUUGCUAUGAACGCUAAGAAUCCAAGCUUACUGAAGCAUAUAUCACUCAUUGGCCUAUCCCUCUGUGCUGGUACAGAUCUAAUACUCACAGGGAUCCUCUCCAGAUCCCUCACCGUUGACCCAUCCUCCUCUACUUUCUUCACUGCCUCAGCAUACGACACCUUCUGCACUAUUCUGACUCUGGCCACCUCAACCUGCCUCUCUCGUACCAGACACUUCCAAUCCCCAGAAACAUGGGCACCCCUACAGUUGACACACACAAUUUCUAUCCAUCGAAACUACAGUCCUCGGUCCCAUGCCCUCCUGCACACUUCCCACCUUCUAUACACUGCUGCAACAUGACCAUAAACAUUGCACCUGAAACAGCAAAGUGGAUUCAGUACAAAAGCUCUAACAGGAUAACUGAUAUAUCCAAACAUGACUUUGUCGUGUAAAAUUAAAAAGGACUGACAGUGACCGGGUCUGCGUCGCACCAAACGGUGGGCAUCACAAACAGCAGGAAUCUUCAACUUCAAUUGCUCCACCUCCACACUUAACGCUACCCCAGAAAUCACUCCUUUCAAUGGUGCCAUAUUCCUAAGUACAAAGCAAAAAACAGAUCUUGACCCAAGUGGCGUGACAUGGAGCGCCCGCUCCCUCUGCGCAGAAGAAACACAAACAAAUAUCAGAAGUCCACUACAGGUUACUUUCACUGAUUCAACUGCAGCCAACUCCUUUCCCACCCACCCUGAAACCGCCAAAAGGCAAGGAUCCAUCUCCAAAAAGGUAACUCCUACUGGACCAGAUUCUUCUUUAUCAUGUCCAUCGAUGCCAGGCUCGGGUUCCGAGCUCUUCACCAUGCCUUCCACCUCACUUAACUAGCCCUCAUUCACUUCCAUUUCACCUCCAGAACUCGGUCUGGUGCACGGCUCACUUUGUUUGCACUUGACAUCAAUCUUCUUCGACAGCCAUCUCCAUUUUUAUCGCCAUCUUCCUCAAACUUAACUCCACCCUCUGCUUUAAUCAUUCUCUUCAACCUCUUCUUACUCUUUUUCCACCUCCAUUCCUCCUCAGAAAUCCACCUUUCUGUGUCCCUGUCCCAAUAUUCCUCUUCCAUCGCCAUCUUAGAACUUUACAGAAACGUCGCACUGAAUCCGGUGAAAGAACACACCCACCAGAAAUCACCUGCUGCUCCAGUCACACCAAUCAUUUAAUUUGUUUUGCUUCUUUUUGAAGGCCUCAGGGUCAACUUGAGGGUUGAACUAAUGCAUUCUGGGAAAUGUAGUAUUUCCCCCCAUUUGAACAAAAUGUAAGUGAUAAAUUAAAUAUAAUAGCUUAGAAUAUUCGCAUACAGGUUGUGUUGUCCUUGAUCAUUCAUUUAAUUAAAUUGUUUCAACAAUAUUUUAUAUAACAACAUGUUUGAUGUUUUAUGUACAAGAUGUUUUCGGUACAAGAUGUUUUAUGUACAAGGGAGGAGAUGAGGGCCCUGGUGGAGUGGUGCCAGGAAAAUAACCUCUCCCUCAACGUCAACAAAGGAGCUGAUCGUGUCCUUCAGGAGACAGCAGAGUAAGCAUGCCCCGAUCCACAUCGACAGGGCUGCAGUGAAGAGGGUGAAAAGCUUCAAGUUCCUCAAAAACGUCAAGUUCCUCGGUGUGCACAUCACUGACAACCUGAAAUGGUCCAUCCACACAGAGAGUGUGGUGAAGAAGGCGCAACAGCGCCUCUUCAACCUCAGGUGGCUGAAGAAAUUUGGCUUGGCCCUUGAGACUCUCACGAACUUCUACAGAUGCACCAUUGAGAGCAUCCUUGCGGGCUAUAUCACCGCCUGGUAUGGCAACUGUAUCGUCCACAACCGCAGGGCUCUCCAGAGGGUGGAGUGGUCAGCCCAACACAUCACCAGGGGGCACACUGCCUGCCCUCCAGGACAUCUACAGCAUCCGGUGUCACAGGAAGGCCAAGAAGAUCAUCAAGGACCUCAGCCACCAGAGCCCGGCCUGUUCACCCGCUACCAUCUAGAAGGAAGAGAUCGUACAGGUGCUUCAAAGCUAGCACAGAGACUGAAAAACAGCUUAUUUUCCAGGCCAUCAGACUGUUAAAUAGUCACCACUAGCCGGCCUCCGCCCAGUACCCUGCCCUGAACAUUAGUCACUGUUACUACCCGCUGUCUAUUAUCUAUGUAUAGUCACUUUACCCCUACCUACAUGUACAAAUUACCUUGACUAACCUGUACCCCCACACAUUCACUCAGUAACGGUACACCCUGUAUAUAGCCUUGUUAUUGUUAUUUUAUUGUGUUAUUUUUUAUUAUUUUUUACUUUCGUUUAUUUGGUAAAUAUUUUCUUAACUCUUUCUUGAACUGCUUUGUUGGUUAAGGGCUUGUAAGUAAGCAUUUCAUGGUAAGGUCUACACCUGUUGUAUUCGGCACAUGUGACAAAUAAAAUUUGAUUUGAUAUAUUUAUAUUCCGGACUCUGACAUUGCUCAUUCUAAUAUUUCUAUAUUUCUUGAUUCCUUUCUUUAGAUUUUUGGAUUUGCGUAUAUUGUUUUGUAUUGUUAGGUAUUACUGCACUGUUGGAGAUAGGAACAUAAGCAUUUUGCUACACCCGCGGUAACACCAGCGAUAUGUGUAUGUGACUAAUACAAUUUGAUUUGAUAUUUGUAUAGACUACACCAAAUAUAGAAUAGAAGAGGCAUUUGAAUUUCACUGAAUUCAAUUAUAUUUCCUUUCAUUCAAAUUCAAAUUGCAUUUCUGUAUCCUGUUAACUAUUUCAAUUCAAAUUAAAUUCAAAUUCAAGAAUUGAAUUGGAAUUUAUGAGGCAUUCUCAAUUCAAUUCUGAAUUGAGCCCAACCCUGAUGGGGAGAGAUGGGAGGAUGAAUGAACGUGAAGAAAAGAUGGGGUGGCAACUAUCACAAUGAUCUGAAACUGUGUCUAACACACAAUUAAAUUAAACACAUACUACCACUUGCUAAUCAGGAAACUCUUGGGUAUGUUAUGGUGGACUGUCAUUACAAUUGCUACACGGAAACCUGGUAAAAUUAUGUUUAUAGCUAGUGUAGCUACCACCGAAUGGCUCUGAAUUCACUCUCAGCUUGCAGUCAAAGCUAUAACCACUUAUGGGGUUGACUAUAGUGCUCUCAAAUUGUAUACUGAUGUUGACAACAGAUGGGAGUAUUCACAUCAUUGCUAACUUAGCUAGCUAACAUACAUUUUGAGAAAACAAGUUAGCUAUAUUAUGUGGCUAGCUAGCUAGUGUUAGCAACGUUUGGUGGUCAAUGGGCGGCAGGUAUCGUAGUAGUUAAGCGCUUUGGGCCAGCAACCGAAAGGUCGCUGGUUCAAAUCCCCAAGCUGACUAGGUGAAAAAUGUGUCGAUGUACCCUUGAGCAAAGUACUUAACCCUAAUUGCUCCUGUAAGUCACUCUGGAUAAGAGGGUCUGCUAAAUGACUAAAAUGUACACCAUUUUUUAAUUGUAUUUAAUGAGACUAAGAGCUAGCUAAACUGCUGAGCUAGCAAACAAUGUAACAAAAGUAUAAUUUUGGAUUCGAAAAAUACUCCAUCAACAGGCUCUGCAUUUCAGGAAUCACAGUAGCAAGUACUCCUGGUGCACUGUUCAAUUAUUUAGCCAUUGAAACUUGAAAUUUAUAUUUGGAAUAAAACUCAGUUUUUAUUAUAGCCCUCACUGGCUUUCAUGUGAUUUAAACGUGAGCUUGUCCGAGGUGUCGGACUCGGCGACAGUUGCUAUCCAUUGGAGUGCUGCGAUUGGUUGCCCAAAAUUCUGGGCUGGGCUUAGCGAAUGGUCAAUUCAGUCCGUCACAAACAGGACAGUCAUCUAGCUAACAAGCUACUAUAUUGCCGUAACAACCAUUACAUCGCCCAUGGAUAUGUCUGUAUAUUUUCACUGUUUGCUAAGGCUUGUUUCUUCUCUCCAUCACUUCUCUCUUCACCCUCUCUCUCCUCUCCCUCUUCUCCCUCUCUCUUUUCUCUCCCUCUCCCUCUCCCUCUCCCUCUCUGGUUUGCUCCGCCAGGCGAUGUGAUCGCGGAGAUCAACGGGACAUGUGUGCUGGGGAAGACCCACCCUGAGGUGGUGCAGAUGUUCCAGUCCAUCCCAGUAAGUCAGUAUGUUGAUAUGGUGCUGUGCCGCGGCUACCCACUGCCCCCAGACGUGGAGCAGGACACCGAGAACCCCCCUCCCCCGCCUCCUCCGCUCCUGCAGGGGGGCGAGGUGAUGACGGCCGUGCCCCUCAUCAAUGGCCAGCCCCUGCUGGUGAAGGGCAACGUGCUGCAUGGCUCCUCCCAGGAGCUCCACUACGUCACCACCGACGCCAACGGACGGCCCAUGGUGGCCGCGCUGCCCAAUGGGAGGCUCCCUGAGCAGGGGGGAAGGGGCCUGCUGCAGCCCGAGUUGGUGACCGUGCCCCUAGUGAAGGGCCCGGGAGGGUUUGGCUUUGCCAUCGCAGACUGUCCCUUGGGCCAGAAGGUGAAGAUGAUCCUGGACGCCCAGUGGUGCCGCGGCCUGCUGAAAGGGGAUGUGAUCAAGGAGAUCAACCAUCAGAAUGUUCAGAUGCUGAGCCACGCCCAGGUGGUGGACAUCCUCAAAGACCUGCAGGUGGGGAGCGAGGUCAACGUGCUGGUGCUCAGAGGAGGUGGGUCACAGAGUGUAUUAUUAACACUGCCUUGUGGUUACAUAACACUAACACUGUGACUGUAUUGCUGCUGCGACAUCACUGUUGCCAUGGCAUUAGUGUGAUACAGUGAUAUCACUGUCAAUGUGACCUCAUCAGUGUCCUUGGUGAGUGAGGUCAACGUGCUGAUACUAACAGGAGGUGAAAGAGUGGGUCAACUACCACUCACGUACACACACUAUGGUAUGGUAUCUCGGUGAUGUCACUAUGUCUGCAAUAGGUGAACACAUGAGGGAAUGUUGCCUCUUUGGCUUAAAUGAUCACGUAGUAAUGACAAUUGUAGAGACCCCCUAUACAACCCAACUCUCCUGUCAAAUACACCUUUCACAUAUCCCCGUAAACACCUCUCUGUAUGCACAGAUCUCUACCACAUCUCCCUGUACAGGAUAUAUACUGUAUCUCUUCAGGCUGCUUCACAGCUUCUACUAAGGCUCUCUCUCAGUCAGGCAUUCAUACUGCAGUCUGUUGCAGGGAAGGGAAGUUACGUAAGCACGGGUCUCUGCCUGCUCUGCUCCUGGGGAGAGAGGGAGGGGAAAGCACCCUUCAAACGUCUCCCACAUCCAUCUCCAGCCGCCCUGGGGAAAUGGUACACAAGUCGAUGAGCCCGGAUUGGCUUUGAUCAUUAUCGGAGGCGCAGAAUAGUUCUGCAUGCUUCUAUAUCCAUGGCCCUUUAAAGGGAUACUUCAGGAGUUUGGCAUUUAUCUACUUCCCCAGAGUCAGAUUAACUCAUGGAUAUCAUUUUUAUGUCACUGCGUGCAGUUUGAAGGAAGUUGCUAUCUAGCGUUAACGCAAUUGCUAACUAGCGUUAGCGCAGUGAUUGGCAGUCUAUGGUAACUGCUACAAUGCAAGUAGAUACCAUAGACUUCCAGUCAUUGAGCUAAUGCUAGUUACCAUUGGCAUGCAAAACUACGUCUAACUUCCUUCAUACUGGAUGCAGAGACAUAAAAAUGGUAUCCACGAGUUCAUCGGACUCUGGGAAGUAGAAAAUCCCAAAGUAUUCCUUUAAGAGGGUGGCAGGUAGCUUAGUGGUUAAGAGCGUUGUGCCAGUAACCGAAAGGUCACUGGUUCUAAUCCCCGAGCCGACUAGGUGAAAAAUCUGUUGAUGUGCCGUUGAGCAAGGCACUUAACCCUAAUUGCUCCUGUAAGUCGCUCUGGAUAAGAGCGUCUGCUAAAUGACUAAAAUGUAAAGAGCCAGAGCUAAUCGCUGUAUGGCCCUGGGUGUGGGAUGCCCCAGGGGUCUCCUCCUCAGGGUCUCCCUCUCUUCCUCUCUACCCUUAUACACCCACCCACCACCCCUUCCAUCUCAACCCACACACACAGAGCAUGACCCGCCAGUGAGAGCAUCCCCUGCCUUAUUCAGGCAGUCCAGCGGAGGAAAUAAUGUCAGAUUUAACCCUCAUUAGAGAUUGGCUGAGAGGCAGAUGGUGGGUAGUAAUACAUAGCCAUAAUAUGACAUUUGAAAUGUCUUUAGUCCUUUGGAACUUAUGUUAGUGUAAUUAAUGUUUUCUGUUCAUUUUUUAUAGUUUAUUUCACUUUUGUUUAUUAUCUAUUUCACUUGCUUUGGCAAUGUAAACAUAUGUUUCCCAUGCCAAUAAAGCCAUUUGAAUGGAAUUGAGAGACAGAGAGAGAGAGAGAGACAGAGAGAAAGAGAGAAAGAGAGAAAGAGUGAACAUACUGCAUUCAUCUUAUCAUCUUAUAUCAUGUCCUUGAUGACAGUCCUUGGGUUAGAUUCUUCACAUUGGAGCGGAAAAAUGGAGCUGGAUCUCCUGGUUACAUCAGGGUCCAUAAACCCUUUCACACUUUUCAGACUGAACCGUCGUCCCCUUUAGACUUCCAGAGAGGAGCAUGCUCGUGAAUCAAUUUAAUGCUGGAGCUACAUUAACUGUGGGAACAAUCUGUGCGUGAGAGAUGAACAUGUGGGUGUACUGUACAGUUGACAUUAUUGGUCAUUGUAUUUUAUGCAUGACUCUCUCUCUCUCUCUCUCUCUCUCUCUCUCUCUCUCUCACUAUGCUAUGCUAGUCCUCUCUCAUGUAGGUCCCCUCUCUCUCUCAAAUGUACAUAUCUCCUAUUUAUCUUUAAUAACACAGUGAUGUCAUACUUCUUGAUGGAGUAGGCUACAGCACUGUUUUAAACCUCCUGAGUAGAGUAUUGAAACUGUUAUUCCUUCACUGCUCUCGUUCUCUGUUAGGGAGGCAGUGACAUCUACUGGUUGAUGUCUCAUUAGUACUUAAAAAAAAAAAAAAAUCCAUGACUCUUCCUUGUGUUUCUCACAGGUCAGACAUCUCCUGUGAACAGCCUGAAACCUGUGAGUAAAAGCAGACACUGUUUUAUAAUACUCUGAGUUUUAAAGCCUUAAAGCCUUUUGUCCUUGAGUAGAAAGUGGUUAACCAGUGAGCCCCAUUGCAUCACAUUAAACGAUAACUAUAAAUUUGAAUAUUGAUUAUGUUUCACGGGGCCUUCUUUUGUUUGCUUUGAAAAUGGUCUUAAUUACUUCUAUUUAGCAUUCCUUUUAUAAUUCUUUUGUCUGGGGAUUUAAAUGGUAAUGAAGCACAGAACCUCUUUAGAUAAUAUUGUAUAUUAGUAUGACAGUUUAAGAUUAAUCUGGCCUUUUCGACAGAAUAAGCCUGUCAGCGCCAUAGGGAACUCUUCUUUAGCCCGUGAAUGGUAAAUUAUAUUAAAAUCCCAUCAGUCUUUGGCUUACUAUUGAGCUAGCAGGGGUAAUGUGAAAGCAAUGCGGAAGCCAGCGGUAUAAUGACCUUUCGUUCAUUUAGUAUUCAAUCACCAUUACAUCCUGUGCUAUGUGUCUGGGUAAUGAGGUGUAUAUAGACGGUCUUUAAUGUGCUCAAAUUGUGCUGUGUCUGUGGCCCUGUGUCCCCGUCAGAGGCAGGAAAUGACAGCUAGCACAGAGACUCUGGACUGUGUCACAGACUCGGUCCCCCAGGCCCUCCCCUACCACUCCAACACCUCAACCCUGCGCAAUGACUCCCCCAAACGAGACGCCACAGAGAUGUACCUGAAGUCCAAGGCCCUGCUGGAGAGCAAGCGUGAGUGCACAUACUGUAGCUACACAGACAGAGGAGGCCUAGUAGCCUUAUGCUCAGUUAUUCCAUCCAUAGCUCUAUAAUGGAUGCCAGUGUUUAAUUUGUAUGUUCGUGACCGUCUGUUAAGGGUCACCCUACAUUUGUGAGUACAGUAUCAAUGUGAGCUGCAAGAUAAGCCUGUGAGUUCACCCUGCUGACCGGAUGAUUGGGUGGUGCUCACCUCUAUGAUACCCUAUCUAACCACUGUAACCCCUGUCCACAGAGCCUCACACCAAAGACCUGGAUGUGUUCAUCAAGAGGGACCAGGAGACUGGCUUUGGCUUCCGUGUUCUGGGAGGAGAAGGUCCAGAGCAGCCAGUGAGUACCGAAGUAUGGACUUCCUCCCUGUUAGAUUAUCUUUGUUCAUUUUCAACACCCAGGAAAGGCUAUUGCCUACUGUCUUCUAUGGACAGUGUUUCUGACUCAAAGUGUGACUCCCUCUGACAGGUGUAUAUAGGUGCCAUCGUGCACCUUGGUGCAGCUGAGAAGGAUGGACGCCUGAGGGCUGGUGAUGAGCUCAUAGGCAUCGAUGGAAUCAUGGUCAAGGGCCGCUCCCACAAGCAGGUUCUGGACCUGAUGACCAACGCUGCCCGCAACGGUCAGGUCAUGUUGACCGUGCGUAGGAAAGUAAUCUACAGAGGUGAGCACUCACUGACUGCCUGGAACCUCUACACCUUGGUCUCUAACACAUACACACACACAUAUAUACAUACACAGACACCAUCUAUGUGUUUGAUACUGCACUUCAGUCUAUACUCUCCAUGCGUUUUUCAAUCAGAUAUGACUGAGGAGGAGGCAGGGCUCCACAUGGCUCCAGUGUUGGUGAACGGCUCCCCCAGACUCCCUCGUAUCCAGAUGCCCAGUGUGCUUGACCACGAGUCCUUCGACAUCACCCUCCACCGCAAGGACAGCGAGGGCUUUGGCUUUGUCAUCCUCACCUCCAAGAGCAAGCCCCCACUAGGAGGUGAGAAUGGACCCGAUGCUCAGUAUUACCACUGCUUAUCCCAGACAAAACCAAACACACACCACUCUCCUCUGUAGCAUCAUAUCACCCAAAGUAACUGGGAACAUAGUUUGAAGGUUCUUCCUUUGAAAAUAUUAUUACUUCUUUACUAAUGAGUAAUUUAGUCCCUUACAUACCUAUUGUAUAUUUCUGACUGAAUCCAUCAGGUGGGAUGGGUGUGUUAUCAUUAGACAUCUCUCUGUUUGCAGUGAUCCCUCAUAAGAUCGGACGCAUCAUCGAAGGCAGCCCCACUGACCGCUGUGGCCUGCUGAAUGUAGGCGACCGCAUCUCAGCGGUCAACAGACAGUCAAUCGUGGGGCUGUCUCACAAUGACAUUGUUCAGCUCAUCAAGGAUGCUGGCAACGCUGUUACCCUCACCGUGGUCCCUGAGGACGGUAAGCUUCACCAGUAGUAUCACCCAUGGGAUGGGACUGUGUUGGUCUCCCUAGUAUUCCCAGUCAUAUACCAAUGAUCUCUGUGUGGGAUGGUUGGUUUGUGUUUGUGUUAUCAUAAUGGUGUGACUUGUAUUGGUGUGUUCCAGAAUAUAAGGGCCCUCCCUCUGGAGCCAGCUCAGCCAAGCAGAGCCCCGCCCCUCAUCAUAGAGCUAUGGGUCAGAGGUCAGCCAUGCAGGACGAGCGGUAAGGCCCUGAUCUCACUACUACACCAAGACAUGGAUUAAAACCCUGCUUCAGCAUUUAGCAGAACAACCCAGAUACUUAUGUCUGACACAACAUCUUAAUGAUAAAAAUUGCUUUGCUCUCUGUGCCCCCCAGCGGAGACACUGCUGUACAUUAUUGAAGAUAUAACAUAGUGUUACUGAAUGCUGUUGUCUGUUCUAGUUAUAACCUAGAUCUGGAGGAGGAGAAGAGGGAGGGAGUCACCUGGGCCGACUACAAAACUCUGCCUCUGAGCGAACAGGGAACAAUGUGUGUUACAGGCCCUAAACAGGCAAGGCUCAUACCAUUAUUACUGUCAUUUUUUAUAUCCAGUGUUUUAUAGAUUUUACAUCAAUUAAAUAAUAUAUGACUCAGAAAAAAACAGCACUAAGUUAUAACUUAAGUUAUAACGUGUGUGUGUGCUUGUGUGUGUGUUUAUAUGCGUGUGUGUGCAUGUGCUUACGUGCAUGUGUGUGUGUGCAUGCUUGCAUGUGUGUGUGUAUGUAUGUGUGUGUACGCAUGCGCCAUGCAGGGCUGUAUCACGGUGGAGCUGGACCGGGGGUCCCGGGGUUUUGGCUUCAGUCUGAGGGGAGGGACUGAGUACAACAUGGGCCUGUACAUCCUGAGAUUGGCUGAGGAGGGGCCUGCCCUGCUGGAUGGCAGGAUCCACGUAAGUCUGACCCCCGGUGCCAUAGGAAACAUCCACACACAUCCACACAGAUGACUGUUACUACACUAUUCAUAAUAUCAAGACAUUCUGUCAUGUCUUAUAACAGACUAAUUACAUGUUUUGUUGCCAUUGAGGAGUUGAUCAUCUAGAUUGUGCAUGUAUGUGCAGGUGGGAGAUCAGGUAGUGGAGAUAAAUGGAGAGCCGACCCAGGGCAUCACCCAUACCCGCGCUAUUGAGCUGAUCCAGGCUGGGGGCAGCAAAGUGCUGCUCCUGUUAAGGCCAGGGCAGGGGCUGGUACAAGACAACAGUAAGUACACACAGAAGUCUAGAUCUACAAGAUAAGAUUGACCUUUUUUGUGGUAUGAGAUGCAGGGUGUUUGAAAAUGCUUGUUUGUUGAUGUGUGUUAUAACAUGUUACUAGCAUUUAACAAGGGUACGCUAAUUAACAUGAACUGAUGCAGCAAUGCUUUGUACACACAUUAAUUAAUGAUUUAGCUAUCCCUGUUAGCUACUUCAUUAAUUUAUAUGAAUGUACCCUUAAUGUGAAAUGUCACCCAAAUUGAGUGCCUGACUGUGUUGGGGAUGUUUGUUGUUUCAUGAAUGGAGUCCUCAGCUGUCUAUAACUGCUUACUCUUGGCACUUCCUCUCCUCCCCCUGUUGCAGGUGAUUGUGUCCCCUCUACUGUGUGCUACUACUCAAACGAGCACCACCACUAACCACUUCACUGUUUUUACUGGCCUGUCCUCUUUUACCUUGGUAAUUCCUAUAAUUUCCUUCUUGCUUCCUCCUUUCAUCUGUCUAGACUAGGUCAUAUGAAUUUUGCUCUUGUACGUUACUUGUUAUUCUCAUAAGGAUCUGUGAGCCACUCUAUACAUAUUUUACAUCUGUGUAAUUACUUAUUUUACUUCUAGGUAAAUUGGAUCCAACCGUCACUUCACCCACAAGCUUUCCUAGAGAGGCGCUUGUCUCAGAGAUGUCCCCUCUCUCUUCUCCAUUCUCCACCUGCACCUCCAUCUCAGGUUCCUCCUCUUUCACCAGUGAGACCACUGACUGGAACUCCCUGUCCCCCCGAACACUCCACCCCCAGAGCAGCAGGGGCACUGGCUCAGUUGAGUGGAAUGGAGAGUGGGCAGACAGGCAGGCUGACAGGCUCUCUCCCAUUACCCCUGAGCAGAUCAACCUCUACAAGGUCAAACCAGGUCAUACCAGGUCUAAAGACUCCAAGGAGCCCAGCAGCCCAAAGAAAACAGAUGAAACAUUCUCUAACGCCAAAGAGCGCUCACACAGUCCCAAAAAGUCUGAGAGGAAGGCACAGGAAGCAGAUCCAAGCAAAGACAGGAAGUCCCACCCCCAGAAAGGAAGUCGGUCACCCAGCCCCAGGAAGUCUACUCGAGAAGGACAGGAAGCCUCGGGCCAGCUGCAUGUAAAGAAACAGCAGGUACAGCAGAGCACAUCAAAGGAGCUUUCCAGCAAGGAGCCCUUUGAUGAAAACAAAAACAGCAAAAGGGGGAAUUCAAAGGGCAGGAAAAGCACACAGGAGAGAGAAGGGAUAGCGGGAACGACCAAGGCUGCCCAUGACCAGGUCAGUAUUGAAAAGAGAGUGGGGACAGAGGCAGGACAUCACAGGCCAACCCCUAUGGAGACAGGGGCAUGGAGAGAUAUUCUGAAAGUUACUCUGGAGAAGAGUAAACCGAGAGACGGGCAAAAGGAAAAACGCAAAGAGCAGAAAAGCAAAAAAGACACAGGGGCUUCCUCAAAAGAGGGAAAGACUAUAAAAUAUUCUGGGGCCUCUACAACAGAGGGAAAGAGUAGAAAAUACUUGGUGGCCUCUCCAACAGAGCAGCGGAUCAGAAAAGACACACAGUCCUCCCCAAAUGCCAUUCAGGAGGAUCCUCUGAGGCAAAAGCGUCGGAUUAGCCCUGGCCCCUGGAAAGUUCCCAGCUCAGCCAGAAUCCUCUCCCAGGCUGAGGUGCUGCGUAAUCCCCUUUACUGA